CACAGAGUGACUCACAGCUGUCUGUAUCUUAUGGCAAGUUAAAGAGUGUUUCUUGCUGUAAUGUUAAUAUUCUACUCAUUUGGAGUUAAAAACGACAUCGGAUGCCAGAUUAAGUUCUUCGUUUGGUAACAAGCAGCCAAUGAAAUCUGGUCCUGUGGGUCUCAGUAUCAGCCAAUGAUCACAGUUCACACUUGCAGUGAAGCCCCUCCCACAACAAUUCAGCUAUAAAUACUGGUGAAUAUUCACAUCAUCCUACAAGAGAAGAACAAACUCCAGGUGCAGCAGCUGAAAUCUGUGUGACUGUUAAAGAUGUUUGUUAAAGAGGAGAUUGAAGACAUGAGUGAUCCAGAACCAUCCAGAAUAAAACAUGAAGAUACUGAGGAACAAACAGACUGGAUUAAAGUAAUGCAGCAAAGACCUGAGAUGAAUGAGGCGGAGGAGGAAUGUUGUAAAAUCAAAACUUCAAGAAAAAAAGCAAAACAGCUGCACACCUGCACAUACUGUGGAAAGAGUUUCAGAGACAACGGAAACCUUAAUGUGCACAUGAGAAUCCACACGGGAGAGAAACCGUACACAUGCCCGCAGUGUGGAAAGAGUUUUACUGCAGCGGCAAGUCUCAAUUAUCAUCUGCACGUUCACUCUGGAGAAAAGUCAUUUAACUGUGAUCAGUGUGGUAAAAAAUUUCAUGCACCAUUAAAUCUAAAAAACCACAUGAAAGUUCAUUCCGAUGAGAAGCCUCAUGUGUGUUCGUUCUGUGGAAAGAGUUUUUUACGGCUGAGUCACCUUAAACAGCACCAGAAAACACAUGAUGAAGUGAAAGAUCAUGUGUGUUGUGAGUGUGGGAAGAGUUUUGCUAGAGCUGACCGUCUGAAAGAGCACCAAAGGAUUCACACUGGAGAAAGACCUUACAAGUGCUCAUAUUGUGACAAGAGUUUCAUUCAGUCUGAACACCUGAAAAAGCACGAGCGAGUUCAUACUGGAGAGAAGCCGUACCACUGUACUCAGUGUGGAAAGACUUUUACACAAUCAUCAAACCUUCUCACUCAUAUGAGAAAAUACUGCAACUGAGCAACAUUAAUAAUGUCAAAAACAUUCAAGUUAAUUGUGUGAGAUAAAAAAUAGAGAUGGUAUAUCAUCUAGUUAUAGACUUGAGUGGAAUUCAUUCAGCUCUUACAGUGUGAAUGAAAGGUUUUGGCAAAAUCACAUUUGGGUGCUAAGUAGGUAUUGCUUAAAAUAGAUAUAUUAGUACAAUUUGCAAAGUAGAAUUUAUGAGAAAUAAAUAAGAAACGUAUUGCUGUGAGUCUGGGAGGAGCUUUAUUGUUUUCUACAUAGUGAUCUAUGUGAGAAUAUAGAUUAAUGUUGAGUAUUUAUAUUUUUAAAUUAAUUAAAAUGUCUUGUAAUGCUGUUUGAUUUGUUGUCAACAAAUGCAAUGAAGAAUGAAAUACUAGUAGUUUAACUGAUUCAUAUAUAUGAUAAUAGUUUCUUUUCUAAGUAACCAUACAGAAAUGUUAUUUACAUAAAUGUGUGGCCCCUUUAAGAAGGAGAGUUUAAGUAUUUAAGUAGGCUACUACUAAUGUAAUUAAACUCAUUAUGUGUCCAAGUUUAUUAGUAUUUAGAGUGUAAUAUGUUGGCAGAGAGUCGCAGCCUAUUGAAAUACACUUAAUGUGCAUCACAAUAAUGAAUGAGGUGAAAACAGUGAACUUUAAGAGACCCAAACUUGAUGGCCCUGUUAUUUUGUAACAUUUAUACAAAUAAUUAUUAAAUACUUAAUGAACAAAGGUUAUCAGUGUAUCAGUGAAACCUUAUAAAAUAUCAGAGAAUGCUACAGGCGUCAAGUGUCAAUUUCUUGUGAUCUUUCAUGCUACUUUAAAAUAAAAUAAGGAUGACAAAAGCUAUACAAAGUUGUAACUAUUUUCAUCAGUUUUUAUUAUGUAAUUAUGUACGUAUUAAUACAAAUAUAUACAUCGAAAAAGGGUAUACAGAGGAAACAAAACAAAAUCAAGUGCAUGUACAUGAGUUAAAAAAAAUCUGUGCCAGGGAUAAAAAAUAAAUAAAUAAAAUAUUUAAUUAACCAAAUUAAAGCGUCAUAGUGCUUCAUUGGUCUUUUUAGCUUGUCUGUUUCUAAUAUUUUGCAAAGUAGAACCAUAUUGUUUAAUUUCUUUAAUAAAAUGUUCACAAUUUGGCUUAGCUUUAGCCCAUUUCUUUACAUGAA